UCCGCAGUCUCUGGUCAUGUCCUGCACUGUGUCCGCAGUCUCUGGUCAUCUCCUGUAGUAUGUCCGCAGUCUCUGGUCAUCUCCUGUACUGUGUCCACAGUCUCUGGUCAUCUCCUGUACUGUGUCCGUAGUCUCUGGUCAUCUCCUGUACUGUGUCCGCAGUCUCUGGUCAUUCUCUGGUCAUCUCUGUACUGUGUCCGCAGUCUCUGGUCAUCUCCUGUACUGUGUCCGCAGUCUCUGGUCAUCUCCUAUACUGUGUCCACAGUCUCUGGUCAUGUCCUGUACUGUGUCCGCAGUCUCUGGUUAUCUCCUGUAGUAUGUCUGCAGUCUCUGGUCAUCUCCUGUACUGUGUCCACAGUCUCUGGUCAUCUCCUGUAUUGUGUCCGCAGUCUCUGGUCAUCUCCUGUACUGUGUCCGCAGUCUCUGGUCAUCUCCUUUACUGUGUCCACAGUCCCUGGUCAUCUCCUGUACUGUAUCCACAGCCUCUGGUCAUCUCCUGUACUAUGUCUGCAGUCCAUUUGUUCUGAAUGUUGUUGUUCUUGUUUUCCUCCUCUAAAAUCUAGGUGCGUCUUAUGGUCAGGUGCGUAUUGU